AUGAAAUCAAGAAGAACCCACUACGAAAUACUGAAUGUUACUUCUCAAAGUACAUUGUUAGAAAUAAAACAGGCAUAUAAAGAACUACUACUUAAUACACAUCCUGAUAAGAUUCAAUCAAAUAAUACACAUAAGAUCAAUAAGAUACAUAGUCUCGAUGACAUUAAAGAAGCAUAUAGAGUGCUAGGGGAUGAUAAACUGAGGAAACAAUAUGAUACGGAACUUUUAGAAGAUGGGAAAAGAAAAGGUAUAUAUAAAUUCGGAGAUGGGGUUGAUGAGGUUUCAUUGGAUACUUUUGAAACUGUCGAACAUACACAUAAUGAUGGUACUGAAUCAGAUAUAUGGCAUUACUAUAGAAAAUGUCCAAGAUGCCAAGUUGCGGAUGGGUUUAAACUCGACGAUAAUUUACUUGAAGAAUUUGCCGUGGUUUGUGAGAAUAGAGAUGAUGGAAUGUAUCAAGUCCUUAUUCAAUGUGAUUCAUGUAGUUUAUGGCUAAAAGUUCAGUUUUUUGCAGCUGAUGAGGAAGAACAAGAUUGA